AUGGCGGCUGCCUCUCUAUUAUUCUGUCGUUCGUCAAGACACCUUUCGUCGAGGAUUAGAGAGUUUUGCUCAAAAGUUAGUACUCUAAAAAAAAGAACGAAAAAAACUUUUAUUCGAUAAAAAUGUGCUUAAUGUGUUUCCUGGUUGCAUUUCAGGCCGUCAUUGAUCGUGGGGUCGUACUUGGCGUGUUCGAGGUGGACAGCGGUCAUGAAAAGAAAUCUGAUGAGGUCGAUGUAGAAAAUUUCUUCACCGAAGCAGCUAAAAACUUUAACUCAAGAACUUCAGGAAAGCUCACGGAGAUGAUCAAAUUGUGAGAAAUACCUUUUUAACUUUGCUUGAAACAUUUUGUUUAGUUUUUUUUUUAAACUUGUCAAUAACUUUGUCAUUUCGUGACAGUUGGUGUUGUGUGACAAUAUUGUAUCUAAGUAAUGUUCAUAGGCACAUAUCAGAAAGAGAAGGUCUUAACGGUAGUUUGACUGUCACUGAAGGCGCUUAACCAAGCACUCACUAUAUUUUGAAGGACUUACAGGUCUCACAGGGAUACCACUAGUAUAGAAACUGGGACAGAACACAAGUGGAGAACAUGAGCCCCUAACAAUUCUAUUGUAAGGGAAAACUACUAAGAAAUGAUAUAGGAAUUUAUUGAAUGUGUUACGUUGAUACCAAUAGGUCUGGAUUUAAGGGAAAAAUUGGCAAAUCAAAGACAUACUUUGGCAUUGAUAAGGUGCGUAUUCUUUAAAAUGUACUUAGUUUUUUUUUUUAAAUUUCUAAAUUUUACAACAGACAUUGAUAAAUUAUUGUAAUUUUGUCCAUUUUUUGAAACAUAGUAUAUUUACUGCUUGCAAAGGACAUUUUAUGAUUUAAUAUUUUUUGAUGUGUUAAGGUAACAAUAAAUUUGUGAUAGUGACCAUGAUUUGUUUAACUGUUUCAAACUUAAUUGAGGACACUUUUAGUCCAUGAGAUUUUUAAGGCUGAAUUCAAUAUUUUUUUGGUAAGGAGAACCUUUUUAUUUUUAAAUGAGAAAUUGUUUAAUUUUCAUGUUGGAAGUGUGAGUAGUAUUUCUGUUGAUGGAGUAGAAGGUGAUCUCAGCACUCUGUGCUUUGAAAUGAGUCAUAAAAUAUUGCCUUUAAUUGUAAAUAUUUAUCUGAGGUAAAUAUCAUUUUAUGUCCACUUGUGGAUACAAAUGUGUCCUCUGGUGUUGAUUUUGUCUCUCAAGAGUUAACACAGGGAACAAGUGAAAGAUUAUUAUAUCAAGGGGACAGCUUUUAAUUAGCAGACAGUCUUGUCAGCAAGCUUCAGUCUUUUUCUCUCUUAUUCUCUUUCAGGAUUACCCUUGUGUUGUUGUUGUUGGUCUGGGUAAAAAGGAUAUUCAGUCUGAUUCAGAGACAAGUGAAGAAAAGGAAUCUUGCAGCAACUACAGACAGGCUUCAGGGGGUGAGCUUUCUGUUAUUACAUGUAUGGUAGCACUUGAAACCAAAACAUUUCACUGUAAAUCAUUUAACACUCCAAUAAAAUUUGCUUUCUUCCAAACAUGAGGAUCUUUGAAGCCCAAUUGAUAGUCAGCACCUAACUAGUACCUAGAGGUAACAUGUGCAAACUAAGUCAUCACGCCUUGGAUUUUUCAGAAUUUCUGAAUUUUUUUUUCAUAAAUAAGGUAAUUUCAGUUCACUUGAGAAGGUCAUUUUGUCAUUUGUAAUCAACCACAAGUCUUAAUCCAAUUACUUGUAAGCAUAGAACACCCGCAAUCAGUAAGCAGUUAUUUGAUGAGAGGGGAAGGGAGGGGUGGUCUAUAAUGGUACAUAAUGUAUACGUGUUCAACUUGGUGUUUUUUAUAAGUCAAAAUAAAAGUAAAGGGAACCAAAAUGUGUCUUAUUCAGUGGAUAUGUCUCAGAUUCAUUGUGCAGUGUUGGACAUGUACCCACAUAGCUUUGUGGAAAAUUCUUUUGAAAUGACUUUUCAAUGGUACCAUUUUGUCGCAGUUGGUGUUAAGGUUCUAAGAGACUGUGGAGUGCAGACAGCAGAAGUAGAUACGUUUUCAGACCCUCAAGGUAAGAAAAGUAUAUUUGAUAUGGAUAGCAGUUUAUGAAAGUGCCAGAAUGAUGUAUUUUGUCUUAAUGCAUAAACCUUUCCAUGAUUGAAACAAUGCAAACAUCAUAUUCUUGUACCUAUUAUUUCAGCUGCAGCCGAGGGAGCAAAUUUAGCUCUUUUCAGUUAUGACACAUUGAAAUCUUCGAAGAAGUUGGAAGUGGAUCUCCAGCCCCAUAAGCAUGUGACAGAAAGUGAUUUGAAGAGGUAAAUACCCUCAUCUAAUAAAUAAAUUGAUAAUUAUAAUAUGAAAUUGAAGUUUGUAAAUUGUUUCAAAGGUGACAUGGUUUUUAUGAGUAUAAAAACUUAUUUUAUUGGUGAUGUUCUUGUAUUAUUAUCCUAGAUUUUUCCUGUCUACCCUAAGAAAGUGUGUCAUGUAAAAGAGCUAACCUUGUGCAGCUACUGAAUAUACGUUAACCCUCUGAUCCCUGAGGGUGACUAGCAUCUAAUUUCUCCUCACAAUAUCAUCCCCAAAUGAUAAAAUAAGGUCACAAGAAUAAAGGUUCGACCACCACUGAAAGAAGCUUCAGUGGUGGUAAAAAAUUUUCCUUCUCAGUACCUCUGGAAAUGCAUAUAGAAUAAUAUGGAGAACAUGCACACUGAUGUUAGGGUGUAAAUGGUGAAAAAUGCUGUAAAUAACGAAUUGAAGUAGUAUGUAUCUGGCAUUUGUGUUACAUACGACCUAUUUUUUGUUGUGAUUUACCAAAUGUAAUCAAUUUUUUGGUUUCUUAAUGUGUAUUGUUCAUAUUACUGCAGCCAAGAGGAGGAAAUAAAUUUCAAUGCCUGGCAUAAACUUUGGCAGGAUGGGUUACUGUUAUCUGGAGCACAAAAUUUUGCCAGAGAGCUGAUGGAAACACCAUCCAACCUUUUGACACCAACAGUCUUUGCUGAUACGCUUAUCAACAGGUUUUCAGAUCUAGAAAGUGUGGAAGUGUUGGCAAGGUAUUUAAUACACAUUUCUCUGUUGCUAAAUUCAUGUAUUUCAUUAAUAUGUAUUUACAUUUUUAACAGUAGUACAGACAAUAGUCUGUGUGACCUUCAAUAUGUGCAUAGUCAACAAUAACUUGCAUAACUGUCCAAGCAUUAUGUAUUACAUAUGUAUAUCAGGGUUUUGUACAUGUCAAACAGGCUGGGAAUAUGCUUUCACUCUUCCCAAGUGGGAUUCCAGUCCACAGAAGGUUAACCUGGCAUUUUUUAAGGUUUCCUGAAAUAGUUCAUAGUUACUGAUAUAAACUCCUGGAUGUACAUUUAGAGAGCUUAUUCAGAAUUAAGUAUGAACGUAAGUCUAAUCCAGUAACUGCAUGGCUCCUAUUUAGUGAAUGAUAGACAUUGCUUGGUGGAGAAAUGAAUUUUAAUUGAAUGUUAAUUUAUGGUGGAGUUCUAAUCCCAUAAUACUACUUAACAAUAGCACAAGGACUGAUAAGUAUUGCUUGUUUAUUCCAGAAGUUGGUUUUACCAAGUAUCUUUGUUCCCUAGGGACCAAAAUUGGGCAGAAGAACACAAGAUGGGUGCAUUCCUGAGUGUUGGCAAGGGCUCAAGUGAACCAAGUGUUUUCUUAGAAAUGAAGUAUUCUGGUGCCAAGGAAUCUGAUUCACCCCCUUUAAUUCUUGUUGGGAAAGGUGACUGUUUAUUUGAUUUUUCAGGAAUCAGCAUGACAUUCAUACAUUCCUGAACAGAACUCUUCCUGGCAAAUAAUUGUUUUGUUCAAUGGCAAUCUUUUCAACCUGGAAAGGUUCAGAUAAAAAUAUUUUUCUCAUUCUUGAAAUGGGAUAAAAAAAGUACCGUAUUUAUUCGCCUAUAAGCCGAUCUCGGCUAUAAGCCGAGACCCUAAACUUUUUCAUGUCAGCAGCUGUUGCAUUGAAAUAAAAAAUAAACACAAAACAUUCGGCUGAGACCUUUUGCAAAAGUACUCCACGAACUGAGAUGAAUUAACAUAAACCGAAAACAAAAGGAGCUUCCCUCUCGGGAAACAUGCAACCAAAAAGUAGGUUAUGAAUAAUUUAAUGUGAUCCGCGCUUACAUGCUUAAAGUAAAUAAAUAGAACCAUGCGUGCGUAACUUUAAAAAAAUGGGAUUUAGCAGUGGACAUUUCAUGAGGUGGCUCUUCUUAUCCACUGGUUCUAGGUCAAUUUGGAAUUUAGAAGGUUGGUUUUCAUGCAUAUAUAAAACGAAGGUAUUAGGGAAAUUUUGCUUUCUUUCUUUUUACUUGUUGAUUUGCUGGUGGGUGGAUGGGGAAAGGGACUAAUGGACUGACUUACCAGUUGAUUUUAAUUAAAAUAAAGGGUUUGCUCUUGAAAAAAUAUAGAAUUAUUUUUGUUUUCUGGCCAGUUGAUAUUCCUUUUCUCUUCUUACAGGUGUGACAUUUGACAGGUGUGUAAAUGUUCUUUGAGUUGAUCAACAAAAGUGUACAAUACUUGAGUUUAAGUUAAGUCACAAAUGUCUUGGAUAUUACUAACACCACAUGUUGUUGCUUUGACUUUCCUUUUCAUAGGGUUUGUUUGAGAAGGGAUCAGUGUUAUUUAUGUCUGUGUUGGCUGCACUUUUGUUUUAAUUUUUUUUUCAUUUCUUUUGUUAGUGGUGGUAUCAGUAUCAAGCCAGCUGCUGGAAUGGGGCUCAUGAAAGCUGAUAUGGGUGGAGCUGCCACUGUUAGUGCAGCAUUUGAAGCCAUAGCAAGGCUAAAAGUGCCAAUCAAUGUCACAGCUCUUGUUCCUUUGUGUGAAAAUAUGCCAUCAGGAUGUGCUAACAAACCAGGAGAUGUCAUCACCGCAAUGAGUGGGAAGACUAUUGAGGUAACUCAAUGAAAUGGUCUGGGUAUAUUUACAGGUCCUCCAUAUAAAUUCAAACGUUGGUUUGUAAUGAAAUUGUCAUACCUACGAUCUAACCUUGUUUUGGGACACAACACCCCAACUACCCUUACUUUCUUAUCACACAUUUAAAGACUAACCCAUCGAAAUAAAAUGAGAGAGGUUUUGGGAUCAGAAGAGUCACAUUUGUGUGCGUGGAAGGGGCGGUCUAAGAUGUCAUACCAUAUAAAACUAAGAACAACGCAAAUCUCGCCCGACGUCGAGGUAAUCUAGUGCGUUAUCACGCCCAAAAACCAUGGGGUUAUGUGAGUAUGCCAAAAAAGCCUCAGAAUCAACAGAAAAAACGACGAAGGACCGUGCUGAAGAGAGAAGUGAGGCAGGGAAAACGUAUCUUUUCUUUUGCCAAAGGAAAGUUGUAAAAAAUCGGUAGAAUGUUGAGCAAAAAUUGGGAAGCUGGAAACAAGACGUUUCCGACUAAAACGGGAGAGUUGGAAUCUCUGUAAGUAACGGAGUUCUUUCAGAGCAGUUAACAGAAUGUUGGGCGCGGGAUGUAGUUCAAGGAUACUGAAGGUUUUUUUCUAACUUAAGUUUCGCACAUCAUGACUUAUAGCCAACUUUUUUCAUUAAAUGCGCGCGUGGGGUCGUGUGGGUUAGUAGGUGCGUGCGCUAUAAUUGGUCAAUUUAGCGGCCCGUAUUUCCCUGUAUUUCCGAAGUUUUUGGAAUCGAAACUCUACCCAGAUAUAAAAGAAAUAUCUAACUUACCUCGUCUUCUCGGUCCGUAACGUACAAUACCGACCUUGAAUUCGCUUAGUAAGAGGUAUGUCACCCAUUCUUUCGAAGGUUGACAAUACUGAUGCAGAAGGAAGACUCAUUCUUGCCGAUGCUCUUUGUUACGCCAGCAAAUUCAACCCUCGUGCAGUUAUUGAUGUGGCUACACUUACUGGUAACUGUCUCGGUCAUACUAAGUUUUGUGUCUGUAUUAUUUCAACAAGGGAUUUUAUAGAACAGAUAAAGAUGCGACUCAUCUAUAUGUACUCAACAUCCUAUGUCGCUUCAGUCAAAUUCUUUGAUUUACAAUGAUAUCUCUUUUCCUUUGACCAUUUUGGAACCAUAUAGGAAGUAUUGUUGUAUAGGUUCAUGUAACCAAAAUUUGAUAUAAUCACCUACGCUUCAGUACGUUCAGUUCUAACACAGUUUUUUACAGGUGCGAUGGAUAUCGCCUUAGGACAAGGAGCUACAGGUGUGUUUACAAACUCUGCAACAUUGUGGCACUGCAUUUUUCAGGUAAGAAAUUCCGAUACUAACAUAGCAGCCUUCUUAAGUUUUUGGGAAUUCAGUCGAAAACUCUGUUUUUUUUAUGCAUUCAUCACUUUCACGUUAGAAGUAAAAAAUUCCUAACGUUAUCCUACUGGUCAGGCUAAAAUCAGACUAAAUUUAAUCGAUGGUGUCUUUGGGCGGGGGUGUUAACGGUUUCAUUGUAACAAAACAAAGCAGGGCAUUCCCUACUCCUCUGAAAUGCGCAUACACUACAGCCUUUCCUUUAGAAUUUCUAAGCUCAUUAAAUACCUUUUAAAGUUUGUCUGUCAGGAAGCCUGGCUAAACCAGUGUUUGUUUAAUUGUACAUUCAGGCUGGGUUCGAUUGCGGGGAGCGAAUGUGGCGCAUGCCAUUAUACAAACACUACACCGAACAGAUACAGUCUGAUGUGGCUGAUUUAAGAAACACUGGAAAAAAGAGGUAAGAUGGAAGAAUUGAAGAUGGGUGGGAAUUGGGAGAAGAAUGGAAGAAAAUGGGUGAUGGAAGAUGACUCUAGAAAUAUAAGGAGUGGUUGGAUUAUUAGAAACGAAGGGAGCUGUUGCAUUCUACAAAGAAACGCCGUCAAUAAGAAGGAUAUGACAAGAACUCGAUUACAUAGUUUAAUAAAGAGAAAGGAAAUUCCGAGCAAUCUGUAGCAUUAUAUUUGCUGCCUCUCAUUUCAGAAGCAAUAGUGCUUGAACCAUCACUCAGUAGAACAGUUUGUAUUUAUUUCAUAGUGAGACCGAAAAUGUUACUAAGCGCGUUCUCCACGCCUCCACGACUGAUAUUUUAACUAAGUUUAGUUAAAUAAGUGUGUGUUAUUUGACCAAACGUGAGAUCAAGAUGGGUAAACAUUGGCCGAGUUCUUUUUUCGCGGGUGAUCCAGUACCCUCUCGCCCGCUCGGGUAGCCAAUCAGAAUGCUUCAUAUUGCCCACGGGCGCUGCCAGCUGUAUAAUAACCAUUUUUUUUGUUUUUUUUGUUAGGUCAGCUGGAUCGUGUACUGCAGCAGUUUUCCUCAAGGUAAUUGUGAAUCACGGUUCAAGUGAACCUCUCUGGGCAGAGGAGAUAAUUAAGGGAAAUUUGUGUUGAGAAUUUGACUUUGAAUACAAGGUUAUCUGAACGCUGUAAUUUUUUUUGUAGGAGUUUGUUGACGCUAAACAUUGGGCUCAUUUUGACAUCGCCGGUGUGAUGGACAACAGUUCGAAUGUUAUCCCUUAUCUCAACAAAGGCAUGUCAGGUAAGGUGAUACCGGAAACAUUGACGUCAUUGAGCAGGGAGAAUAUUGCGUACAUUGCGUACUAUUUCACCUAGAUAGGAAAGGAUAAUUCAUGAGGUUUAUGAGACCCUUCGGGUCCUGGGCAUUAGACCCCAGCGAGGGCCCCAAAGCAUUAAUGCGCCCGUUAUCAAAACCGGUAAUUUAGUCAGUAACUUUUCUUGUCUUCUCUUGUCGAUGAAGAGUUAAAAGGUAGAUUUUAGAGAAGUCCAUACUCUUAUCUUAUCACAUUACACGAUAUCACAUUCUUUACUUAACUUAAUUUCUUUUAGGUCGACCAACAAGAGCCCUUGUGGAAAUUGCUAGAAAACUCGCAGUCAACAACUUGGAUUAAAAGGCUGAAUUCGACCUGAAGAGAGCAUGUCACAUUACUGAAUAUGUUUUCGUGAGAGAGUUUGGCAGAAUAAGGAAAAUAGAACGUUCACCCGUGAUUUUACACCACUCUUCUUAGUAGCACGGAACAAAGAGGUUCACGGUUGCACAAGUCAAAUCCUGUGGGAGAAAAAUACUUUUGGAAGUUUUUAUUUUAUUGUUCCGUGAACAAAUUUGGCCGCGAAUCACUCGGGUGUAAAUGUUCAUGGUGGUAUCUUUUAAAUCCUAAAGAUUGCCACCACCCGGGUUUGAACUAUAACACAAAACCCAACAUGCUUCAUUAAAGAACACAACAAUUACCAACAAAACAUUUUAUUAACUUCGAAGAAGACUUUGAUUAUAGGCUUUGAAUCUAAUAUGUCUUUAGCACAGCAGUUGCGCCGCAAAGUAAUAUGAAACUGAACAUCUAAGUAAAUAAUAACGGAGGAGUAGACUUAGGAUAAUAAUGAAUUAUUAUUUAAAAUAAUGUAAACUUAAUAAUUAAAUACUUUUUUUC